AUGUGCCCCAGCCUCGCCUUGCAGAGUCACCCACGAAACCGGCCUGAGGUCUCCCGCCCUCAAAGAGGGCGUCGGGGUGCCCGCCCGGCACCGGGCCGGAGGGCGGUGGCGGUGCGGGGCUUCCGCGUCCGGGUCGCGGCGGUGCCGGGAGGCGGUGCCGGCGCGGCGGGGCUGGGGGACACCAUGGCCUUGCGGUGGUGGUGGCGGAGCGGCGCCUGGUGCCGCCGGGCGCCGCCGCUGGGCUCCGUGCCGAGCCCCGGCCCCCGCGCCGCACCGCGGCCGCCGCUCCCUCGGCGUUCCAUUUGUCACAUUACCCAAAGAAGUUCCACUUUCUCGUUUCCAAAAAUAUGUAGCAUAUUUUGGCGGUUUCAUCACACAAGUACAUCCCAGUGGUGCAGCUGCAGUAAGACAAUUAGUGAUGAAAAAUACCAAGAUCCUUUUCAACUUGGUAGAAAAGACUUGAAGAAUCUCUAUGAAGAUAUUAAAAAGGAAUUGCUGGUCUCUGCAGCAGAACUUAAGGAAAUGUGUGAUUAUUACUUUGAUGGGAAGGGAAAGGCCUUUCGACCAAUGAUUGUGGUGCUAAUGGCUCGGGCUUGCAACAUUCACCAUAAUAAUUCCAAGGAAGUGCAGGCAAGCCAGCGCUCUGUGGCCAUAAUUGCUGAGAUGAUCCAUACAGCCAGCCUAGUUCAUGAUGAUGUUAUUGAUGAUGCAAAUUCUCGCAGAGGAAAAAGGACACUUAAUCAAAUCUGGGGAGAAAGGAAAGCUGUUCUAGCUGGCGACUUCAUCCUCUCAGCUGCUUCUGUAGCUUUAGCACGAAUUGGAAAUACCACUAUCAUCUCUGUUCUAACUCAGGUGAUUGAAGAUCUGGUGCGUGGUGAAUUCCUCCAGCUGGGUUCCAAGGAAAACGAGAAUGAGAGAUUUGCUCACUACCUCGAGAAGACUUUUAAGAAGACGGCGAGUCUGAUAGCAAACAGUUGUAAAGCAGUUUCAAUUCUAGGCUGCCCUGACCCCAAAGUUCAUGAGAUUGCAUACCAGUAUGGAAAAAACGUUGGCAUAGCUUUUCAGCUGAUAGAUGAUGUGCUGGAUUUUACAUCGUGUGCCGACCAUCUGGGGAAACCAACAGCAGCAGAUCUCAAGCUUGGAUUGGCCACAGGCCCCGUCUUAUUUGCCUGUCGACAGUUUCCAGAAAUGAAUGCUAUGAUAAUGAGGAGAUUCAGUAAGCCAGGAGAUGUUGAACGUGCAUGGAAAUAUGUGUUGCAGAGUGAUGGUGUGCAGCAGACGACCUACCUCGCCCAGCGCUACUGCCACGCGGCCACGCGCGAGAUCCGCAAGCUGCGGCCGUCCCCCGAGAGAGAGGCCCUGGUGCACCUGACAGAAAUGGUUCUCAUGCGCGACAAGUGAGAGAACUCCUUCCACUCCUUCUGGCAGCUACUUUACCAGACUGUGCCUACAUUUAUUUCAAAAGUUAUUUGCUUCCAACACAAGCUACCAAAAAUUAUUUUUUUAAAAAAACCUCCUUUUUUUUUUUUUUUUGAAGUUUUACUUCCUUUUUUUUUAAACAAAAGUUUAAAGUGUUUUACUGCGGGAAGCCAUGCAAGUCAGAGCAAAUCAAACUGUGCUGUACAAUUGUUUUAGUGGGGGCUACUGAUUGUGGGGGAUGGGGAAGAUGUUUACAUGUUGAUGCACAAAGGCCACAAUGAGAAUAAAUAUAAAUCAGUGUAU